GUUUGGUGUAUGUGGAAACUGGAAAAAAAGAUAGGGAACGAUCGAAAGAGGAAAAAAGAUUCGGAUUCAUCGGAUCGACCAGAGAAGCAGAAGCAGCAGCACAAAAAGAAGAUCCAGAUGUCGAAAUCCAAUCAAGUGAGGGCGUCCCAUAUCCUCAUCAAGCACCAGGGUUCAAGAAGGAAAGCUUCCUGGAAGGAUCCAGAAGGUAGCAUCAUCAUGAACACCACCAGGGACAGUGCCGUCUCUCAGCUCAAGGCCCUCCGUGAAGAGAUCGUCACCGGAAAGGCCAAGUUCGAUGACAUCGCCUCUCGCUACUCCGAUUGCUCUUCCGCCAAACGCGGCGGCGAUUUAGGUCCUUUUGGCAAAGGGCAGAUGCAGAAGCCUUUCGAAGAAGCAACAUAUGCUCUGAAAGUCGGAGAUAUAAGUGACAUUGUGGAUACCGAUAGUGGUGUCCAUAUAAUAAUGAGAACUGGUUGAUUGUUGAUCCAAGCACAAAGCCCCAGAUCUAUUUUUCA